UCACAAAGCGCAUGCGUGCCGCGGGGGAUGCCGGGAGCGCGCAGUGGCGGCAGCAGCGGCGACGGCAGUAGCAGCAGCGACUACAGCGGGGACGCGAGCGGGGCGGUGACCGUGUGGGAGGUGGUCUCACUCUUGGGGAAGCUGCUGGGCACGGUCGCCGCGCUGAAGGUGGUUCUGUACCUGCUCCGGGUGUGCUUAGCGAUGGCCUGGAAAUCCGGCGGCGCCAGCCACUCGGAGCUAAUCCACAAUCUCCGCAGUUUCCAAGCAACAAUCAGUGCCCCACACAUGCAUGCGUAUGCACUAGAGCUUCUGUUUGAUCAGUUGCAUGAAGGAGCUAAAGCUCUUGACGUAGGAUCUGGAAGUGGAAUCCUUACUGCAUGUUUUGCACGCAUGGUUGGAUCUACUGGAAAAGUCAUAGGAAUUGAUCACAUUAAGGAAUUAGUAGAUGACUCAAUAAAUAACGUCAGAAAGGAUGAUCCAUUGCUUUUGUCUUCAGGGAGAGUGCAACUGGUUGUGGGAGAUGGGAGAAUGGGAUAUGCCCCCGAAGCACCGUACGACGCUAUACACGUAGGAGCCGCAGCCCCAGUUGUGCCCCAGGCACUAAUAGACCAAUUAAAGCCUGGUGGAAGAUUGAUAUUGCCAGUUGGUCCUGCAGGUGGAAACCAAAUGUUGGAGCAGUAUGACAAGCUACAAGAUGGCAGCGUCAAAAUGAAGCCUCUGAUGGGGGUGAUAUACGUGCCUUUAACAGAUAAAGAAAAGCAGUGGUCCAGGUGGAAGUGAUUUUCUCUUCUGCUCUUUCUUCUUCCACACAUGCAAGGGAUGAACUGUAAAAGCAACAUCAGCUUGACCAGUACAUAACGUCACAGUGGGUUGAUUGCUCAUCUCAGUCCUCAGCUUUUUGAAAACCAACAGCAUCACAGCUUGUUUUGGACUUUGUCACACUAUUAUUUUCAGCAUGAAAAUGUGUGGUUUUAUAGAGUUUCUAAUUCUUAAAGAGGCACAAAGCCACAUUGGUAGAGGAAGGCUGCAAAGUAUAAAUUUGUGUAUUACUACUUUAACAUGACCACAUUUUACUUUAAAAUAUUAAAAGAAGCAAUUCUACAAAAUGGAAGACUUAGUUUGUAAAUUCUGAUUUUGAGGAGUGACUUUUCUUUUCUUGGACACUUAAUUCUCUUCUGAUAUUAAUUUAUCAGAUUGUUUUGUGUGUCAGAUAACACCACCAUUCACAAGUUAAGAUUCUUGAUAUUUGGAUGUCUGAUAGAUGCUACUAAGAAAAUAGAGAUGAGCUUCCUUUUUAAAGCUUUGAUGUGGUGUCAUAGAAUAGCAUGUUGUAGAUACAAUCAGCUGCUUUUUCCCUUAAAACUAAAAGCAUUUGUAGAUAAUAAAACUUAAGAUGGCAGGAGAUGUCCCUUAAAACACUCAGCUGUUCAGAUUGGACAUAACUGACAUAGUUCUUUUCUGUCUUUAAAAAUUAUAGGAGAUUUGUAGCUCAGUAUGGUUUCUUUCUGUUUCUCAUUUGCUGCUGAUAAUGUAUAUGAAUUUAACAUGCUGUGUAAGCUGUGUCUUAGUUACUCAACAGUUUAUACAGUGCUGCUUUGCCAAAUAAAGUUAAAAGUAAAAGAGG